CGUGGGACACGAUACACCUGUCGUCCUCCUCUUGAACGCUCUUUCAAAGAAGUUUACCUACCCGAGACGCAUCCGAAAGAAUGGCGGGUAACGGCGUUCCGGUUCUACUGGUCACCGCGAACGUUGGCAGUAUUUUCGAGGAGCCUAGCGUUAUGUUGAAAAUUUGGACGGAAGAAUUUUUAUCUACUAUAUUGAGGCUGGAUCCAAAGUUUAUUGCACUGCACUGCCAAGAAGUAGGUGGAAAAAAUUAUGAAGAAAGUAUGAGGCAUGUCGAAGACUUUGUUAGGUUACUUAUGUCGUCAGAAGAGUUAAGGCUGUUUGAUAAAAUCAGAGUAUUUUUAGACGAGGACUAUUCGUCUGCUGAACAUUUUACGGCACUUGGAAACUUUUACUUCGUACACGAAUCUUUGAAAGAAGUUUUGUUAUGGGACUUCCAAGAAUGUACUUUUGUACCAGUAAGUGGAAAAGAGGUUCAUUCUGGUAACAUAGAAGCAGUUGCAACCAAAGAAAAAGCAAAGUUUCCUCAGGAAUUUUUUCCAGAAUGUAAAUGGUCUAGAAAAGGAUUUCUGAGAACACGAUGGAGUAUUAGUGGAACAGUUUUUGAUCUCAUAAACAUACACUUAUUUCAUGAUGCCAGUAACUUCAUCGCUAUGGAAACGUUCCCAUCUGUAUACAGUAAAACGCGCAGGAGAGCGCUCGAGCAUACAUUAGAUAGGUUUCAUAACGAUAAAUAUCCAAAUGUACCAUACUUUUUAUUCGGAGACUUUAAUUUUAGAACAGACACGGCUAGCGUAAUUAAAAAACUUACAGAAGAUACUCAAGAAAGAACAUUAUCGAAUAAAGGAAAUGUUUCGAAACUGCAAUUUCACAAUAAAGACGAUGAUCUCAUACUAACAUUAGGAAAGAAAGAAUUUUCUCAUUUCGAACAUCAAAACGUUUUUAUGAAAAAUAGCGGACAGUGGCUACGUGAAUAUGACAAAGAGCUGGAAGACUUUGAUGGAAGACUAUUUGAAUUUCCCAUUGAAUUUGUACCCAGUUACCCGUUUGAGGAAGAUGUCAAUGAAGGUUCAAAUUAUAUGCAGACAAGAGUUCCAGCUUGGUGCGACCGAGUUCUACUGAGCUCUACAGCGAAAAUGCUAGUCCAAGAUACAUCAUCAUCGGAUGCCGUGGAAUAUGGGAUAAUAGGUCCGACAACCUGCAUGGGUGACCAUAAGCCAGUCUACUUGAGGGUUAAUCUCGCCUCGGACGAAGACACGACGAACGGGGAGCCUGAAUCGGGUACGAUGUUUGGCUUGAGUCGUGAGAUACUCAACAACAAUAACAACAACCACAACGGCAGCAACAAUAACAACAACGGCGCAACAACCAUCACGAGAUACAUACACAUUAAGCACGCGGAUUCGUCGGUUAAGAUUUUCCGCGAGACGACAGUUUGAUACCGCAGCCGCCAUUCAAACCGAAUUACGUGAACUGAUAUUUCUCGAUCGCGUCGCAACGAAUCGCAUUUAUCGAUUCUAACCUAUCGAUCGGACGCGAAUGCGAAUCGCACGGCACUGUCUUUGAACUCGUCGCGAUACACUUGCGCAUAAGUCAAGUCACGAGAUGUAUGGUAAAGUCACGCAAAGUUACGUUAACAUCGGGAUUAUGGCAGAAUUAUUUUACGCGUCGAGCAACUAGGCUAGGUUUGCGCUAUACGAACCGGCGAAGAAUGUCGCGACCGACAAGCCGUGUCCUCGAUCAAAAUAUUUUUUGCGCGCGUACACGAAAGGCAGUCUUGCUUACUUUAGGUAUGUUUACACGAAAUUCGACACAAUGUUCGUGGACCGUUAAUUCUUGUGUGACCUUUUCAAAUAAUGUAACCAGAUUUAUGAGCCCCCUAUACAAUAUGGCACGAAUUAAAGCGUACUUGCUCCUCCUAUAAGGAGAACUAUAAUUAAGGAACUUAAACUUUGAACGUCGGGAUGCUUUAGCAUGCUCAUUUAUAAAAGGCUAAACAACAUUCUUGUAUUGCAGAAGGCUAAUUGUAUUCGCGUUAGCAUUUAUGGUUUCUUUUUGAACAAUGAGAAUCGAUCACUACCUACGUUAACACUUUACCGACCACGAUUGGACAUGCAAUUAAAUUUCAUGAUAUCUUUUAUUUUUGUAACGUUCGUAUUAUAUAAUUUUCAGAUUAAUAUAUAUAUAUUAAUCUGAAAAAAAAAAUAUAUAUAUACAUAAUAUAUAUGUAUAUAUAUGUAUAUGUAUAUAUAAAAGUAAUGUCGUUUCUUUUACAUUCAAUUCAAACUUUCCAAUAAAUUUCUAUCUUUAAUUCACUAUACAAUCGCCCUCAUUGUCAGAGCAGCCUUGUCACCUAGUGUGCAAAUUUUCAAUGCCAGAAAUAUCAAUGAGCUGAUAAAUGAUAAACAAGUAUUUAAGAUGACCAAAAUGACAUUACUUUCCAGUCCACCUAAUAAUAUAUAUAUCUUAAUAAUAACGAGAGCAUACGAUGCUAUCCUGGUAAUAGACAACAAAGUAUUGCCGUGGUAAAAAUUCAACUAGUAGGCUACCAGUCGGUAAAGUGUUAAUACAACCUAUCGAUAAGUGUACGUAAUACCUACAUAUGUCAAAGGGAAAUUGAUACAUCUGGUGACGUUAUUCUUAAAUGUUGGAUUAAAGACGUGAAUGUUCUCGUAGAGCGUUUGGGUGUCGUUAAAUGUGUCAUGGAGAUACGACUGUAGCGUGGGGAAAUGAUAACUUAACAUUAUAAGUUGUGAAUGUAUUUGGAAUUAUUAAUGUAACGACGCGUAUCUGUCGGUACAAUCGCGUACGCGAUAAAUAACUGUUUUACUUUUUAAGUGUUCGGUGUUCCUACACUAUAUUCUCGCGAAGAGUUCUUCCCGUAAAGACGAGCAGAGAUUUACGAUAUAUACAUAGAUAGCGUUUUCGAGGAAUAUUGUUCGAUGCGACAUUACCGUGGCACCUUACUUUUUCCAUAAUUGUUGUUUAAACUAGGAGGUUAGAAUUGCUACGAUUGCUGCCAAAAUAAUUCGAUUUAAUUUUUUUGCAACGAUUCGAGCAGUUUGAAAUUUUAUUGCACAACGUUAACCACGAUUACCUCCGAAUUUAUAAACGGAUGGUUACACCUGAGGCGGGCAAUUGAAAUUUCCAGUUGCAACUUCGCGCGUGGCGAUUCUUUUAUUUACGACUUCGAAAGUACAGUGUAGGACGAAAUUAUAGUCCACCCAACGUUUUUAUCUACAUUUAGAGAUAUACGUAACGAAAACCUUGGUUGGGUUAUCGCUUUGUCUCGCACUGUACACGCAUGCUCGCGUAUUCAUCCCUAUCGAUAUAUCGACGGUGCUUCCACGAGAAAUCCGUCACAGUCGAAUACAUAUAUAUGUAAUUGUGUGUGGUGUUUUAUCGUAUGCGAUUUCAACCAGGGAAGUUGAAGAAAAAUUAUUAUCAUUAAAAAUUAACGAGCUUCCCUUGCGAGUCGUUCGAUGUUCAAAGAGAAAGUUGGCAAUUUCCGACGAAACUUGUUCAAAGACAUUUGAUCCACGAUAAUUUCUAAAUCCGAUCCAGUUGAACUAAAUUCGAGGGUACAUUCCACUAGGGUAACUACUAGCUAGUGAACUCCAAGCCGACAAAGCAAAUAUAUUAUAGGAAGUAAACGUUAAAAAAAAGAAAUACUCUGUAGACGUCAUAGAACGUACGCAUUUGCACGCAAUAUAACUGUACUCCCCAUGUACCUACGAUGAAUGUCAAAAAUCCAUUGCGGACGCUUGCCGCUGAUACUUAAGAGCCCUUGUAACACCGCUGCUAACUUUACGCUAUUGGCGAAUUCGCAUGGGAAUGUGGCAUUUUACUAAUGCUGUCCACAAAUACGUUUACUGAGAAGAUGAGAACGAAGUAAACUAAACUGCGACAGGGUCGAAUCAGAUGGCAAUGGAAUCAAGUAUUUUUUAAUUCUAUAUAGCAUAUCAGUAUCUGAAUAGGACUGAUUCUCCGCGCACAAACCGUAUCACACGUCCCUCGUCAAAUCGGCGUGUUGACACCAGUGAUGGGCAAAACCCUAGGCUUCGAAUAAAUCUGAAGUUU